CCGGAUCGCGCAUCCCGCACGAAAGCGCCUGUUUCGGCAUCCUGGCGACUGCCACACAGUUCUGCAGACCGCCGCACCGCCGUCCAUUCCACUCCCCUUGACUUGGUCUCUCCUGGCCAUCGCUCAAGCACUUUUUCGGCUCUGGACGUUGACGGCGACGAUCCCUACGAGAUGGUGCAGUACGGCGCCACGCAGGGCCACCGCGAUCCCCAGAACACGGUGGACGACCCAAGGACAUCUCGAGAGGACGAUGCGUUACUCGGUGCGGACGCGACGGCUAGGAGACCGAAGAAGGAUGGGCAUGCCACUCUGACGAGCUCGACUAGUAACUUGGCAAAUACGAUUAUUGGUAGUGGCAUGCUUACCUUCCCACUGGCUUUGGCGUCCGCGGGCCUCAUUCCGGGCAUUAUUACAUGCGCGUUUUCCGGAGCUGUUGGUGCUUUCGGCCUCUACCUGCUGUCACUGUGUGCAGCGAAGGCGCCCCAUAGACGGGCCUCGUUCUUCACCGUCGCAGAGUUGACAUUCCCAAGGGCGGCUGUCUUCUUCGAUGCCGCCAUCGCCAUCAAAUGCUUUGGCGUGUCGAUUAGCUACCUCAUCAUCAUCAAGUCUCUCAUGCCGAACGUCGUCAUGGCCCUAUAUCAUGAUUUGACUUCGCCUGACGUUAACCCGCCAACUUGGAUGCUUUCAGGGCAGAACUGGAUCACGCUCAUCAUGAUUCCUCUUGUUCCCCUCACGUUCCUUCGGAAGUUAGACAGUCUUAGACAUACUAGCUACGUCGCACUGUUCUCCGUCGCAUAUCUAGUCGUCAUCGUCAUCGUCUGUUACUUCUUCCCUCUCCAGGGCACACAGAAGCCAGGAGAGAUCCACCUUAUCAAGUUCACACCGGGAUUUGUCUCGACAUUCCCAGUACAGGUGUUCGCUUACACUUGUGCGCAGAACCUAUUCCCGAUAUACAAUGAGAUACAGUCGAACAAUCAGAAGAGGAUGAACAUCGUGAUCGGCACGUCGAUCGGUUCAGCAGCAUUGAUUUACGAGAUCAUCGCUGUCUUCGGGUACUUAACCUUUGGUUCCAAGGUCGGGCCCAACAUCAUUGCGAUGUACCCAACUACGUCUCUCUUUAUCGCUGUUGGCCAACUGGCCAUUGCGAUCCUCGUCAUGUUUUCGUACCCUUUGCAAGUGCAUCCAUGCAGGAACUGCCUGGAUAAAGUGUUCCACGCCGGUCACGUUCCUAAGCCAGUGACGGCCACGGAAGACGACAUCAUCGAGGACGAGCACCAUCCUAGCCAUGAUAUGAGCGAUCUGAAGCAUAGCUUGUUAACGAUGGCUAUUGUCGCGAGUGGCUUCACGAUCGCCUACUUUGUGGACGAUCUCAAGCUGGUUCUGUCCUUCGUCGGUUCGACUGGAUCAACAACCAUUUCCUUUAUCCUUCCGGGCCUGUUCUGGUGGAAGCUUUCACGCGAUGACCCUAGCGCGAACAAAUUGUUGUCGAAGGCAUCACUAGGAUUGGCUAUAUACGGAAUGUUCAUCUUUGUGUUCUGCUUGAGCUUCAAUAUUUAUGGGCUCUUCCACCCUGAGUCUGAGAAUGUACAUUAGAUCGUAUAUACUUGACUACUGCUUGGAUGCUCUCCACAUGCUCUGUAAUAUAUGAUCCGUAUCCUUG